UUCCUGUAGGAGGGAGCCUUGGGUACCCGGCGGUGAACCAUCAUCGUUCUAGCACGACACGAGGUCGCGGAAAAGCACGAACAUCGUCGAAGCGUGCACGAAUACGACCGAACCGUAACGAAAGCGUACGAGGCCACAGAUACAGGGGUGGGGACUCGCAGACUCUCAGUAGUCGAAUUCAGUCGAGCCAGCGCCGUGAUCGGAGUUGGAAUAGUGAUUGGCGAACAGUGUUCCGAGCAGGCGUAUCCGCUCUCGAUGUUCUAGUCGCUCCUUAAUCACGCGCACACGAAUUAAUUUGGUCGGCUGGCAGAUCCGAGAUCGAAUAUUCGAAUCAAUCGCUUCGUUUUUUUAUUCGUCUCUUGUUUAACCGUGGGCUUCGUACGCUUCUAUCGUUCUCCGUCGUGCAUGUUCAUCAAUUUAUACAGUUUGUCGCUAUUCGUUUAACCGUCCCCGUUGUGAUUGACUGUCGCGAAGGCCUUUUUUUCCCGGAGCCGCUACAGACACGGCAGUGAAAAUGCGGUAGUGACAGUGGUAUAUCAGAGACAGGGAGAAAAAGAGAAUCCCUGACUACGUUUGUAGGCGCGAGGACGCCACGAGUUUACUCGAUAAAAAUCGAAGUGAACGAAAUUAGGGGAGAGGCUCCUUGAAGCCAGGGCCAGAAGUUAUGUCGAGUUCGUGUGUUCGAGGACGAGGAAUUUACGCGCAUGUGUCCAGUGGGAUUUAGUGUCGGCGAUAAAGCAUUCUUUCCAGAUCUGGAUACCUUGCUCGCAACACCUACGGGACCUGGAUUAUCUCAUGUCAGGAUGGCGCUGGCGCGACUUGCGGUGAGCGACUGUGCGCCUCAAACGUCGCGGGUCAGCUCAAACUUGCACAGCAGCAGUAGUAUGGCAGUAAGCCGUGUACCAAGCCCUCCACCACCGGAAGUGAACACCCCCGUGGCCGAAAAUUGGUGUUACACGCAGGUCUUAUGUGCACAGGUGAAGGUGGUUAAGUUCAGCUACAUGUGGACGAUAAAUAACUUCAGCUUUUGCCGGGAGGAAAUGGGAGAAGUGCUAAAGUCGUCCACCUUCUCAGCAGGGGCCAACGAUAAAUUGAAAUGGUGCCUAAGAGUGAAUCCUAAGGGUCUGGAUGAGGAGAGCAAAGACUAUCUGUCGCUAUAUCUCCUUCUCGUUUCGUGCAACAAAUCCGAAGUCAGAGCAAAGUUCAAAUUUUCUAUUCUUAAUGCCAAAAGAGAAGAAACCAAAGCAAUGGAGAGCCAACGUGCUUAUAGGUUCGUCCAAGGUAAAGAUUGGGGUUUUAAGAAGUUCAUUAGGAGAGAUUUCUUAUUGGAUGAAGCCAAUGGACUCUUGCCCGACGAUAAACUCACGAUAUUCUGUGAGGUAUAUACCUUUGUCAGCGUAGUGGCAGAUAGCGUGAAUAUUUCCGGACAAAGUAAUACUAUACAAUUCAAAGUUCCAGAAUGUCGAUUACCGGAUGAUUUAGGACUUUUAUUUGAAAACCAAAAAUUCAGCGAUGUCACGUUGACAGUAUGUGGGAGAGAAUUUCAAGCGCACAAAGCUAUUCUCGCGGCACGAAGUCCUGUUUUCUCGGCGAUGUUCGAGCACGAGAUGGAGGAAAGGAAACAAAAUCGCGUGGACAUCACCGACGUAGACCACGAAGUGUUACGAGAAAUGUUACGAUUUAUAUAUACGGGAAAGGCAGCAAAUUUGGAAAAGAUGGCGGACGAUUUACUAGCCGCAGCGGACAAAUACGCAUUAGAAAGGUUGAAAGUUAUGUGCGAGGAAGCAUUAUGCACAAGUUUAGCAAUCGAGAACGCAGCUGACAUUCUAAUUCUUGCUGAUCUUCAUAGUGCUGAUCAACUUAAGGCACAAGCCAUAGAUUUUAUUAACACACAUGCGACAGACGUAAUGGACACAGCAGGUUUUAAAUCGAUGGUGAACUCUCAUCCGCACCUCAUAGCGGAAGCGUUUCGGGCAUUAGCCACUCAACAAAUUCCACCGAUCGGACCGCCCAGGAAGCGGGUGAAACAAAGCUGAAAACAAUCACCGCUGACUCCGGGCACAACCUCCACAUCGCCCCCGCCUAUUUUGCAUCCCUCAUGACUUUUUUGUGUACAGUGAUACAAGUAGUGCUAAAUAAAUGUUUCCUAGUGCGCCAUUCUCUGGCCCACUUAAAAAGGAACUGCGACGAGAACUGGUUUCUUCAUGGUUUUCGACCUAAAUUUGUAUCGUUCAACAAACAAGAUACAUUGUGCAGCCGACUCGAACGGCAAGGCGGGAAACGCAGUUAACUUAUGGCUAUAGACUUUAUUGUAAUUUGGUGAAAUCGUCGAUAUUAGAAAAAGAAGCCUAUCACAGAAAAGGAACCGAGAAAAGAGUAUGAUGAAAGAUAAUCUUUUUCAUGAGAAAGAGUUUAAAUUAUUAAAUCGCGUUGGUUUCAAUCAGAUUGAACGAGAUUAUUGGUAGUUUGCAUUGUGUAUAUGUUAUAUUCUCCUGUGUGAGAGGGACAUGUGUUUAUCCAUCGAUACGCAAAUAUCAUGUCAGCGAUUUGUCAAUGCGCAUAAUUAGGGUCUUGUAAUGGAUUUGUUUUCGUUUAAUAAUGAUAAUAAUAAGUGAUGAAAACGCGCGAACCAUCUAUGCAUUAUGAAAAAGACAUCAGAAACAGCCAGAGGACCAAAGGCGAGAUUGAAACUCGCUGAUUACAUUGCUACACACAUAACAAACUCACACGCGAAGAAAGAGAGGUAUACACGUGAUGUACGAAGAAGAAAGUUGUGAUAGACGUCAACCAGACAAUUAAAAGAAAAAGAUUUUGUUCCUUUGUCGAAAAUAACGAAUCAAAUAAGAAGUGUCCCACACGCUUGUUCAUCGUGUACACGAGCGACAAGAAUAAAAUUAGAUAUGUUUAUUACUGAUAGUGAUUUUUAGUUUUAAAUG